AGGAUUUAGAGUUUAUUUUUACGGUUUAGGAUUUAGUUUUGAAAGUUUAAAAUCUAGUUUUUGUUUUGUGGUAUGUUUUGAGAAAAAAACUAGUGACAGUAUUUGUGGAACAAUAAUACUCAAUUUAGGUAUUUUUGAGAAUUGCCAUAGUAUGUGAGACUUUUGAGUAUUAUUUGAAAUAAAAGUUCUAUUCAUAUUUUCGUACUUAAAAAAGGAGAGAAAGAAAUAAAAAUUUAUAUUGUGUAGUCCUUUUCAAAUCAAAUUUCAUGAUUAUGAAGAAAAUGUUUUUCACUUAUUGGCCUUUUUUUUUUUCUUUCUGCCAACUCAUAAAAUCAUUUUGAAUUUAAAACAAAAAUCGAAAAGAGCAAAAAAAAAAAAAGCAAAAGGAAGAAGAAGACAAGAAAACCUUCACCACUCUACUUCAAUGUGUUUUACUUUUCUCUCACUACAGUCCUUUCUCUCUAUCUCUUUCUAAAACUCUCUCAAUGCUUAUCUUCUGAUUUUACGAGGAAGAAGAAGAAAGGAUUCUUCUUUACUUCUUUCUUUUUUUGGGGGUUUAAUGUUAAGCAGAUUCUGAGAUUUCUGGUGUAAAUCGUUUUCUGGGGUUGUUUGUUUGUUUUGAAGAUCUAACUUAUAGAUCUAGUGUUUCUGAAAGAAGAAAAAAUCCAAACUUUACUAGUUUCAAAGAUGCAGAGACCACCUCCUGAAGAUUUCUCCUUAAAGGAGACAAAACCUCAUCUCGGUGGAGGCAAAGUCACCGGAGAUAAGCUCACAACCACAUAUGACCUCGUCGAGCAAAUGCAGUAUCUCUAUGUUCGUGUCGUAAAGGCUAAAGAAUUACCAGGUAAAGACUUAACUGGUAGUUGUGACCCUUACGUUGAAGUUAAGCUUGGUAACUACAGAGGAACCACUAGACAUUUCGAGAAGAAAUCUAAUCCUGAGUGGAACCAAGUUUUCGCCUUUUCUAAAGAUAGGGUACAAGCUUCUUAUCUUGAAGCUACUGUCAAGGAUAAAGAUUUAGUUAAAGAUGAUUUGAUUGGUCGUGUUGUGUUUGAUUUGAAUGAGAUACCUAAGAGAGUUCCUCCUGAUAGUCCUUUAGCUCCACAAUGGUAUAGAUUAGAAGAUGGGAAAGGCCAAAAAGUUAAAGGAGAGCUUAUGUUAGCUGUUUGGUUUGGUACUCAAGCUGAUGAAGCUUUUCCUGAAGCUUGGCACUCUGAUGCUGCAACUGUUAGUGGAACUGAUGCUUUAGCUAACAUCAGAUCUAAGGUUUAUCUCUCUCCUAAGCUUUGGUAUCUUAGGGUUAAUGUCAUUGAAGCUCAGGAUUUGAUACCGAGCGAUAAAGGGAGAUAUCCUGAAGUCUUUGUGAAAGUGAUAAUGGGAAAUCAGGCAUUGAGGACUAGAGUGUCACAAAGCAGGAGUAUUAAUCCGAUGUGGAAUGAGGAUUUGAUGUUUGUUGUAGCUGAGCCGUUUGAAGAGCCUUUGAUUCUAAGUGUGGAAGAUAGAGUUGCGCCGAAUAAAGAUGAAGUCUUGGGGAGAUGCGCGGUUCCGUUGCAGUAUUUGGACAAAAGGUUUGACUAUAGACCGGUGAACAGCAGGUGGUUUAACCUUGAGAAGCAUGUUAUAAUGGAAGGAGGAGAGAAGAAAGAGAUCAAAUUCGCCAGCAAGAUCCACAUGAGGAUUUGUUUGGAAGGAGGGUAUCAUGUGCUUGAUGAGUCUACACAUUACAGUAGUGACCUAAGACCAACUGCAAAGCAACUGUGGAAGCCUAACAUCGGUGUGCUUGAGCUAGGGGUCUUAAAUGCGACCGGUUUAAUGCCCAUGAAAGCUAAAGAAGGUGGUAGGGGAACCACGGACGCGUAUUGUGUGGCAAAGUAUGGGCAGAAAUGGAUCAGAACUCGGACAAUUAUUGACAGCUUUACCCCAAGAUGGAACGAGCAAUAUACUUGGGAGGUUUUUGAUCCGUGUACUGUAGUUACAGUUGGUGUGUUCGAUAACUGCCAUCUACACGGUGGUGACAAAAACAACGGAGGAGGAAAAGAUUCAAGAAUUGGAAAGGUGAGGAUAAGGCUCUCUACUCUCGAGGCUGAUCGAGUCUACACACAUUCAUAUCCUCUUUUGGUGCUACAUCCUAGUGGAGUCAAGAAAAUGGGAGAGAUUCACUUAGCGGUGAGGUUUACUUGCUCUUCAUUGCUCAACAUGAUGUAUAUGUAUUCUAUGCCUCUCUUACCUAAGAUGCACUACCUCCAUCCCCUCACGGUUAGCCAGCUCGAUAACUUAAGGCAUCAAGCAACUCAGAUUGUGUCGACAAGGCUAACACGAGCAGAGCCGCCUUUGAGGAAAGAAGUUGUUGAGUAUAUGCUUGAUGUGGGAUCUCACAUGUGGAGUAUGCGUAGAAGCAAGGCGAAUUUCUUCAGGAUAAUGGGAGUCUUGAGUGGGAUAAUCGCUGUAGGGAAAUGGUUUGAACAGAUCUGCGUAUGGAAAAAUCCGAUAACAACGGUUUUAAUCCACAUUCUCUUCAUUAUCCUUGUUAUCUACCCCGAGCUCAUCUUGCCCACCAUUUUCCUCUACCUCUUCUUGAUUGGAGUUUGGUACUAUCGCUGGAGGCCGAGACAUCCUCCACACAUGGACACACGUCUCUCACACGCUGACUCAGCACACCCUGAUGAGCUCGACGAGGAGUUUGACACUUUCCCUACUUCCCGACCAUCAGACAUCGUCAGGAUGAGAUAUGACCGACUCAGAAGCAUUGCUGGUAGGAUUCAAACAGUUGUUGGUGAUCUUGCAACUCAAGGAGAGAGAUUUCAGUCGUUGCUAAGCUGGCGUGACCCGCGUGCCACUGCUCUCUUCGUCUUGUUCUGUCUGAUAGCUGCAGUGAUUUUAUAUAUAACUCCCUUCCAGGUUGUGGCUUUUGCCAUUGGCUUGUAUGUGCUUAGACACCCGAGGCUCAGGUACAAGCUCCCAUCAGUUCCACUUAACUUCUUCAGGAGGCUUCCAGCAAGAACUGAUUGCAUGCUCUGAGUUACUUAAGAUUUCUCCAUUUCAAGAAAGACUCCUCUGUUCUAGUUUGUUAUCGUUUUGAAGUCCUUACCUCUUCUUUGUGAUGUUGGAUGAUCAUGUUUUUUUCUGUUUGACAUUAUUUAUGUUUAUGUCCUUUUGAAAACUUUCUUUGGAAAGUGGUAACUAGUAAGAUAAGUUUGUGUUUUUGGAUUCUCUUC